GAAGAAGGAGAGAGCGGGCCAAUCGGGUUCUGUUGUCGCAUAACGGGCUAGGCGCAGCCCGGUGCUUAGUGGGCUUGAGCGAGCGUUCCAAUGGGGGCCAUCUUACCUCUCUCUCUCUCUCUCUCUCUCUCUCUCUUCCCAUCCUCCGUCAGAGGCAGUACCGCACGCUGAAGAAGCAACAAUGGCGACUGGUGGCAUCGUCUUCCUCGCGACGGCUCCGCCACCGUCGCUCUCCGGCGAGGCUCGUGUGGGGCGAAAGGCCAAGCGUCAGCACAGCUUCCCGCUUCUCUCGCGCUGCGCCCCUCGCGCUUCGCUCAAGCAGAAUUUGCCCGCUUCGCCUCUCCCGCGUCGCGGUUGCUCUGUGUUGGCUUGCCUCCCUCCUCCUUCUGCUUCUCCUUCACCUUCUUCGUCGUCUUCGUCCUUGAGCAAGAAGCUCUAUGUCAGUGGGCUUUCUUUUCGGACCACUGAGGAGAGUUUAAGGAACGCUUUCAAGAACUUUGGUCAGCUUGUGGAAGUUAAUCUGGUGAUGGAUAAGAUUGCAAAUAGACCGAGAGGAUUUGCUUUCCUUCGAUAUGCAACUGAGGAAGAGGCUCAAAGUGCCAUUGAAGGGAUGCAUGGGAAGUUUCUGGAUGGCAGGGUGAUAUUCGUAGAAGUCGCAAAACCAAGGUCGGAGCUCCGCCAAAUCCAAAAACAGAACCCGAGAUAGCAUUGAAGAACCCGAAAACUGCACUUUCUUAUGUUUGCAUCUUCUGUCUGCCUCUUCAUUAGAGAGAGAGAGAGAGAGAGAGAGAGAGAGAGAGAGAGAGUCAAAAGCUUUUUAGGUUAUGCUCUCUGAAGGCGAUAUGGUGCUGUAGGAACACAAAUAUGAUGCAUUCUUUCUAACUUUUAUUGUUUGUCCUCUUGAUUGAAAGUCUAAUUUCUUUAGCGGGCUUACAGUUCUAUAGA